AUGAUAUUCUUCUUAAUUAAAAAACUUAUGAAAUUUUUUUUGUUGGUGUUACUUUUCAUAACUGUCUUUUUAUUAAGUUUCCUAUUGAUAGGUUCAACCGAUACCGCAGGUACUUAUUCUAGUGUUUACUUGACGAAACUUGAGUUUAAUCAAAGUUCUGACUUAUAUAGCAAUGUUCAAGCAGCAUACAAAGGUUCUAACAUUUCCACAAAACUUGCAGAAAUGACACUAUCAGUUGGGUACCUAGGCGUGUGCGUCGAUAUCGAUAAGUCACUCCAGUGCACUUCGUUUAACGAUUUGGAUUCGAUUUCGGAUUACACGGGCAUUUCUAUUAUACCUACAACCAAGAAUGGAACCGACCAGCUAAAUUUAGUAACCUUGGCUAAAACCUUCAGAAAAGUGUGCUAUUCUAAUGUUUUACUUGCUGCUAUAGUAUUGACUCUUCUUUCGCUAGUGGUCAUGUUCUGGAACGUUAUUCCCUUGGUCCCCGGAAAAUCAAUGGCAAAAAAAAUAGCGUGUGUGUUGUCAGCUGCAAACGUCCUAGUUUGGGGCCUUGGUUCCAUGCUCCAGCACGAAGCCACGAAGGCUGCCCGUCAUAUCAUAGGUCCUGCAUCCAUGAAUACCGUUUCUGCUACCAUAGGCCAACGAGCAGAGGCCAUGACUUGGACCGCUUUUUCUUUUCUCUUAAUAGUGUGCAUGGGAAGCGUUUUCGUUUAUAUCAGGGACUUGAAAGAUAAAGCUAAUGAAAUAGAACCCAAGUUCUAG